AAACGAAUAUUUCCGUUUUCUCAACCGUCUCUGCAUAAGAAGUUCCGAUACAAACUCUUUAAAAAAAAAGAAGUUCCGAUACAAACGAAGUCUCAUUUCUCUCUCUCUCUCUCUCUCCAACAAUGGCACAGGUAGCGGCGGCCAUUCGACCGAUUCACAGCUCCUUAGCGAGCCCUAGCUCUGUAUCCCUCCAAACCCAAGUCCAGAACAUCAAACCUUCUUCUUUUUCCUCCAAAGUACAGGCUCCAGCAUCACGAAAGAGCCACAGAUCUUUCCGCAUUGCAUCCCCGAUCGCAGCAACGAUAUCCACCUCAGAGGUCAUUCCUGUAUCACCGGUAGAUGUACCAAAGAUAGAAGAGCAAAUUCAGCAGCUAGGUGAAACUUCUGUGAGUUUGUUGUCGAAGCAGAUAGCGAGACGGAAGACAAAGAUUGUUUGCACAAUUGGUCCUUCCACCAACACCAGGGAAAUGAUAUGGAAGUUGGCUGAGGCUGGAAUGAAUGUUGCUCGUCUGAAUAUGUCCCAUGGGGACCAUGCAUCUCAUCAGAAAGUUAUUGAUUUGAUUAAAGAAUACAAUGCUCAAUGUGAAGGCAAUGUUAUUGCAAUCAUGCUUGAUACGAAGGGCCCUGAGGUUAGGAGUGGCGACUUGCCCCAGCCAAUCACCUUAGUAACUGGCCAAGAAUUCAGUUUCACGAUUAGAAGAGGAGUCGGUACCGCAGACUGUGUCAGUGUUAACUAUGAUGAUUUCGUCAAUGAUGUAGAGGCGGGUGACAUGCUUCUUGUUGAUGGGGGCAUGAUGUCAUUAAUGGUGAAGUCCAAGACAGGAGAUUCAGUAAAAUGCGAGGUGGUUGACGGAGGAGAGCUUCAAUCCAGACGACAUCUCAAUGUUCGAGGAAAAAGUGCUACGCUGCCAUCCAUCACUGAGAAGGACUGGGAUGACAUCAAGUUUGGCGUGGACAAUAAAGUUGACUUCUAUGCAGUUUCCUUUGUCAAAGAUGCUGAAGUGGUCUAUGAAUUGCAGAGUUACCUCCAAAGUUUCGGUGCUGAUAUACAUGUUAUUGUGAAAAUUGAAAGUGCAGAUGCUAUUCCAAAUCUGCAUUCUAUCAUCACAGCAUCUGAUGGAGCAAUGGUUGCAAGAGGAGAUCUUGGUGCAGAACUACCAGUUGAGGAAGUUCCACUGCUGCAGGAUGAGAUAAUCAGGAUAUGCCGCAGCAUGGGGAAAGCUGUUAUUGUGGCAACAAAUAUGCUGGAAAGCAUGAUUGUCCAUCCAACACCUACACGAGCAGAGGUGUCCGACAUUGCCAUGGCUGUUCGAGAGGGCGCUGAUGCAGUUAUGCUUUCUGGAGAAACUGCUCAUGGAAAGUUUCCUUUGAAAGCUGUCAAUGUUAUGCAUGCUGUAGCAUUACGGACUGAAUCAGACUUGGUUGCUGGGGAAACACCUGCUAAUCUUGGCCAAGCCUUCGAGAACCCAACGAGUGAGAUGUUCGCAUUUUAUGCAACAAAGAUGGCUAACAAUCUCGGAACCCCAAUUGUUGUCUUCACCAGAACUGCUUUCAUGGCCAUUUUACUGAGCCACUAUCGACCUUCUAGCACCAUAUUUGCCUUUACAAAUGAGAAGAGAAUACAACAAAGACUGGCUUUAUACCAAGGCGUAUGUCCCAUAUACAUGCAGUUCUCAGAUGAUGCUGAAGAAACCUUCACAAAUGCAAUGGCUGUGCUUCAGAAGCAAGGGACGGUGAAGGAAGGAGAGCAUGUCGCUCUCGUCAAGACCGGAAGGCAACCCAUCUGGCGCUUCGAAUCCACUCACAACAUUCAGAUCAGGAAAGUGUAGAUGGAACCUACAGAGAAAACACUCGCGACUACAAUGUCUCAGAUGUUUGAGCCUUAAUAUUUAUUCCAGUCCUUUCUCUCGCUGGAUCGCAGUUGUUGCUUGUAUGAACCUCUGUUUUUUCGCAGAAUCUCAUCCGUUUUCUUUUCUUAUUGUUUGUGUUUUUCAGUCAACUUAUUUUUUGCUGUGUCUCCAUAGUAAGCUUUUGUAAAGAGCUGCAGCUGAACGAAUGAAUGUUGAUAAUAAAAAGCAGUGUUAUCUCAA